AGGGUUGCGGGAGCAGGUCGGCCUAUCACACAUCAGUUGCUCUGUGGUGAAGUGUGUGAGAGGGUGUGCAGACUGGCAGCGACCUGUCGUUCAUCUGAUAAAGAAUCGAUUGCAUUAUGCAUAACUUCGUUAUAUCUACAAGACUCAAAAAGAGGAAUGCGUCAAGUUGAUGACGAAAUUGGACAUCUGGAAAACUAAUAAGUGUGUAUAAGAGAAAUACAAAAUGCAAAUUCCGAAUCCGUGAAAGAAAACACGUGAUACUUGUUUUGUAGGGGACUUUAGUCUUUUCUUUGGACUGAUGUGGUUAAUAUAAAGUCAACGAGAUUUUGCUCACGCCAACAAAUGAAAAUGAAGUUCAAGAUAGGUUUCCUUGCUUCAUUGCCACUGACUACGGACACUGAAUUGGUGACGACGACUGUCAAGUUCCAACCGAGAGGUGAGAGGUUGGAGCGGGUGGGGGGCGGGCGCGAGCGGGACCAGUACAGGGCGUGCCUCCAGACCGUGGCUGACGAGACUGGUCAGGAGGACGACCCAAGGGACCAACACUGCCUCCUCCCCCACCCCGCCAAUACAAGGGUGAGCGCCGGUCUCCAGUGUUACAAGUCACAUGUAGCAGCUGAUGGUGACGGCAGUGCUUCUCGCGGCAGGUCUUCAAGCACGAGUUCCAGCGAGUUUUCUAAUACUAAUAACAGCGACAGCAUCAGCUUUAACAGCACAAAUAGCAGUGGCAGCAAUGGCAGCACAGGGAACAGUUUCGUCUCUAGCAGCACCCAUAACAGUGAAAGCAUAAACGUCCAAACCAAUAACAGACCAGGGAAAAAGUUUACUUUUAGCCCUAGAAAUGAUUCAAGAAAACGCCGCAUCGGAACCGGCACCAACAGUCCCGCCAGUGUAGCCCUCACCACCACCACCACAACUGCCUGCUUGGAGUUCAACGUCAAUGGCAAAGCAGACAUCGGAGACAGCGCGACUAAGGGCGUCAAACUCAAGACUAACAGCCUCAGUAGUAACAGCAGUUAUGAAAGUCAAACCAGCAGUAACAGCAGCAAUAAAAGUUUCAGAAACUUUUUCCAUCGAGGAAGUGUAUUCAGCAAUAGCAUUAAAUUGCGAAACAGCAUCAAGAAAUCUGGUAAGAACAAUAAUGACAAGAGUACUCGUAAAAGCACCACCGCCACAACCACCACUAUCAACAGUGGUAGCAGCGUCACUAACAGCAUCAACAGCAACAUCAAGGAGAACAGCAGGUUUCUCCUCCCUGCAGACAGUGUUACCAACAUCGUCGUCGUUGGGGACAAAGGAGUCGGCAAGUCAGCCAUCAGCGUACGCUUUCUGACCCGCCGCUACAUCGGGGAAUACAGUUCAGACUCGGAAAUGAUAUACCAGCACGACACCACGGUGGACCAUGCACCCGCCUGCCUCCAGCUGCUGGACGUCACCACCAUGCAGACGCCUUACCAAAUCCUGAACCACCUCUCCUGGGCCCAUGCCUUUGUGGUCGUGUACGACAUCACCAGUAGAACUUCCUUCAUUCACGCCAGACAACUUCUGCAUAUCCUUCAUUCUUGUUUCCACACAAAUCCCUCCUUCAACACCAAUUUCUCUCCACAAUCAAGUUCCUAUAAAACUAGUGAUUGCACUGCGCACACGAACAUUUCCCAUGAAAUAAAAAUUCCUGCUUGUACUAAAAACGAUAGGACAACGAACGGUGACUGUGUUUUUAAUGGACAGCCUAUUUUACCCAUUACCAGUGUUGGUUCCCGACAUCCACAGUCACUUCACAGCCUCACAUCAACAAACCACCACACACACCAGUGUUACCAAGCUGACCCAUCACCGACUGGGCAGGGUUACCUUUUCCAGUCAUCUCUCCCGGUCUCCUCGCAAGGGAGGCGGGAACCUGCCAGCCGUGUUCACCAUGCCACCACUCCCUACUACGGUUUUUCACGUAGUACCAGUGAUGACACGCCCUUCAGUCACUGCCGCUGUCAUUGUCACAGUCUUCAUACUAAGUUACCAUGUGGUACAACUUUAGAUAAUUACGACAGUAAUUACAACAAAAACUCAUUUAUUGCUAGUCAUGUUUAUUAUGAUUCUAUAGAUACCUUAGUUCCAGACCAUCCUAGGUAUGAUUACAACAAAGGUAAAACUUGGUCUCCUACCGACAAGGUACGACGAAUUCCACUAGGCUAUCACAGCAACUUUGACUUAUGUGAUGAAGGACAAAAGUCGCAAUCUAUUUAUGAAAGGAGUACUAACGGGUGUAGGUUACAUCACUCUUACAAUAAACUCCUUCCUGGACACGCUGCCUUCGGUUACCAAGACUGUCUUCCAUCGAGAGCAAGCUGUUCCUCUACUGUGCCCCUGCGGAGGCAUACCACUCUUCUCCUCGGCAACAAACGAGACUUAGAACACAUCAGGCGCGUGUGGACCGACGAGGGAGAGGCGCUUUCUCUGGAAUUCAGCUGCCAGUUCUAUGAGGUGUCGGCAGCAGAGUCCGUUCUUGGGGUUCAUCUAGCCUUUCACUCCCUUCUGAAGGAAACUCGGGCACUACAGUUAAUAAGAAGCUUGCCUUAUAGGAAUUCUCAGGAUUCUACCAAAGGCACCGUGUCCUCAGCUGUAUCUAAAGUCAUUGGCAACUUUUUCCGGGUAGGAAAAGUUGGACAUAAGAGACAGUCAAACAGUAUUUGACCAGCACGUGUCGCCUGAAUCCAUCAGGUACUCUUCUAACCCCUACGUAGCCCACCGGCGUAAAAUAUUAGAAUCUUUGCCCAUGAACAAGACGAACUAGUUUAUAAAUAGUUUCAAAUAUUGUUAUUUACGCUUCAUUCUAAACCAGCGAGGCACUUCAGGGUUGCGUUAGCUACGCAAUACAAUGUUGCCUAGAAACGCACGCGCCGUGAAUAAAUUUUGCGGCAAUAUUUUGAAAUGUACUGAUAGAAGAGAGAAAAAACAUGGAAACACUUUUCACCUGCUGGAACCGUGUACAAACAUGCUGAAACUUUAUGGAAUAACCAAAUAUGUUUUGUAAAGCGGUGCAGAGAAGAAAAUAAUUUUCAUCAAGCAGUUUUUAUUAGAAAAAAAUAACAUAAGCAACACUCUUAAAAUACCAAACAGUACUUUUGACGUGCAAAGGUUGACGUCCGUCCGCUAGACUACCACUACCAAGGUUAAGAUUUCAUUGGAUUUUUUUUUUUUAACAUGAUAUAUAUCAAUGGAAUGUAAGUACACUUGAAAACUUAAAAUAUAUAUCUGGUAAAGAUUUUUUUUUUCUUCCGCAAAUGAUGGCAGCAAAACAAAUGACGUCAUUGUCCGCCGAUUCGCUUCUGUUUCAGCUAUGUAUGGGCAGACCAGCACUGUUAUUGUAUCAAUACCUCCAUUCCUUUCUUUCAUAUAUGAAUAUUUGUCUGGAUUCUUCAACAAAACAAGCAGAGCUUGUCGAGCCUUCUGACCGUGUUUACAUGUACUGCUACAGCUACUCUGCUUGUUUCGUGGAAGAAACCAGACAAAUAUCGAUAUAUGAAAGAAAGGAAUGGAGGUAAUGAUACAAUUGCAAUGCUGGUCUGGCCAUACAUGGCUCAAACGGCGGUGAAUCGGCGGACAAUGACAUCAUUUGCUUUGCUGCCAUCAUUUGCGGAAAAAAAAUCAACAUUCUGUACCAGAUAUAUAUUUCAAGUUUUCGAGUGUACUAACAUUCCACUGAUAUAUACCAUGUGGAAAAAAAUCAAAUAAAAUCCUAACGUUUCGUUUUAAAUGUUUUUUUUUUUUUUGUUAUUAUUAUAAAAUGUUUUUAUUAUACAUCUUUUUUCUUUUUUCUUUUUUUAUAUAUCUAGAGGGAAAAAUCGUAUUGAAUCCAAGACGGUACCGGUGAUCACGUCGCAUCUGGGAACACAGGAAUUAGAGGGAAAGGUACAGGGUUGUGCACUAUUAGUAAAACCUGCACGUGAACCUUAAUCUUAAAGUGACUGUCAAGAUGUAGGUUUGCAGGACCCAUGGCAACGUCUCUCCCUAUUUAAUAAAGGAGGUAAUAAUGCACCAGUGUACGAAUACGAACACACACAAUAAAUAAAUAAAUAAC